UGAAUGAGAGAAAGUCAAAGUAAUCCUCCUCUUGACUUGUUUUUAGUUUAAAUGAAUGCAACGAAAAAGCAUGGAACUCACCGAAGAAGUUUUUAAGAGCUUUUGGGAUCCGUGGAUUGUGUAAGCUAUGGCGGAGGAGAAAGAGGUAAAGCUAUUGUAUGUCUUUCCCAGCCCCUUUGUUCUUCGAGUGGUGCUAGUUCUUGAGCUCAAAGGAAUCACGUACGAGAUCAUCCCCGACGAUCUCUUCAACAAGAGCUCACUGCUGCUCCAAUUGAAUCCCCUGUACAAGAAAUUUCCCGUCCUGAUCCACAAGGGCCAGCCCAUCUGCGAUUCGCGCAACAUCAUCGAGUACCUGGACGAGGCAUUCCCACACACGCCCGCGGUUCUUCCCAGAGACCCUCUCGCGCGAUCCAGGGAGCGAUUCCUGGCCGAGUUUGUGGAGAACAAGAUCUUCGCCACUUGCGGCAAUAUCAACUUCGGGCUGGGCGCCACUCCCGCGGAUCUCGCCAAGAGCUGCGAGCUCUUCGAGGAGGAGCUACGCAAGCACGAAUGCACGCCCUUCUUCGCCGGCGACAAGCUAGGGCUCGUUGAUAUCGUGCUCCUCGCGCCCGCAAUCUGGGCUCGCGACCAAAUGCCAUCGGCAGAUCACUGCCCCAAUCUCCACAGGCUGCUGUGCGCGCUGCGCGAUCAUCCAGUCGUGAAAUCCGCGCUCCCCGAUGCUGACACCGUGGAAACCCUGUUGACCCAAGCCAUGCCAAUGCUCCAGCAGCUCUAUGGCGGCAAGCCCUAGGCCUUUAAAAUUCAUCGAAUAUUCUCAAAGACAUCAAAUUUGGCAAGCUACCCUUUAGAAUUGUUUGACCUGGAAACAGAGGAAGGAAUUUUUAGGGUUCUUGGAGUGGGGCGAAGAUCUGAUGAAUUCUUGAGUUUGUGUAUGGAUUUGACGCGGAGGGAGCGGGCGAUCUGUGAAUUUGCCUUCCUUGCGUGUUUCUUCUUGUGCUCGGCUGCAGCUUCUUCUACAGCGGACGUUGUUUUGCGCAGCGGCGCCGAUAACAGCCAGAAAUUUAAUCUUACCCUCGCAAAGAUUAUGGUGGAGUAUGCAUCAGCGGUAUAUGUAGAUGAUCCGGCAGAGCUGUGGCAAUGGAGUUGUGAUCGAUGUAACAGUCGGACGAAAGGAUUUGAGCUUGUGGAUUUGAUCAUAGAUGUCAAACAUUGCCUUCAGGCUUUCGUUGGCCUGGACAGAAACCUCGGAGCCAUUGUCAUGGCAUUUCGUGGGACUCAAGAAAGCAGCGUCCAGAACUGGGUGGAAGAUUUAUAUUUCAGACAACUGGAUUUUCACUAUCCCGGAUGCGUUGACGCAAUGGUUCACCAUGGAUUCUACUCCGCGUACCACAACACAACGCUCAGGCCUCGUGUUCUCGCGGCUGCCCACGCUUUAGUUGGCCAACACAAAGACUUGAAGCUGAUGAUCACCGGACACUCCAUGGGAGGAGCAAUGGCAACCUUUGCUGCUCUGGAUCUCGUGGUGAAUCACAAACUAGAAAACGUCCACGUUGUCACCUUCGGCCAGCCUCGAGUAGGCAAUCCAGCAUUCGCAGACUAUUACAGAGCGAUGGUGCCGGACACGAUACGAAUGACGCACGCUCACGACUUGGUUCCUCAUUUGCCACCUUACUACCCGUUUUUCGGCGAGAGAACUUACCACCACUUUGCAACCGAGGUUUGGAUCUACAGCUGUGAAAUGGACAUCCUAACUUACGAUGUUUUCCGCGUCUGCGACGAUUCGGGCGAGGAUCCAACUUGUUGCAGAUCGGUGGUAGGAAACAGCGUUUCGGACCAUCUUAUGUAUCUCGGGGUGUUUCUCAAGGCGGAGCCUUUCCUGCAGCGACAAAGCUCGUAAUGAGCUUGUACAGUAUGUGUAUAGAAACUAUUCUUUCUUUUCUCCUUUUUCUUUUUUUUUUUUGUGGAAUCCACUAUUGCGAUUCUACUAUUCUACUCUCUAAAUCGUCCAGAUUAUUUUGAUUCAAGUGAUAGUAGACAAACUUUCGAUUAAA